AUGCACAAAUCGAGCGACAAGCAAAACUACGCACGAUUACAGAAAAAAAAACAAAGAACACUGUCUCAAGAUUCAUUUCAAUCAGAUCACUAUGCAAUCUUCACUGCUAUCAAUGAAUGGGAACGACAUUCGAUAGGUAAAAUUCAAUUAGCAGCCGAACAAGCUCGCAGUGAUUUCCAACGAUUACUCGACAAAAGACACGAUGAUAUUGUCAAUUUACUAAUCAAUAUGAAGAAUAGUGUUAGUCAAAAUUCGAUGGUAGAUAUGAGUUUAAAUCAUUUAACAGCGCAGUUGCAUCGAUUUCGUGAGGAAUUAUCGAGCUCAUCAUCAACAAUUUAUUUAGAACACGACAAGAGUCUGUCGCCAAUUCAUUUAAUUACACUUUCUUCGAAAGCAAACAAUGCAACAGCUAAGAACACACUAAAUGAUCUAAGAACGAUCAAUGUACCUGGAACACAACUUUUAACGUUAGGAAUGCUUUGUCGUAUGACACCAUUAGAACAAAAGCAAAUCUUAGGUGAACGGUUAUUUGUGCUUGUUCAACAAAUUGAGCCAAAAUUAGCAGCAAAAAUUACAGGAAUGUUUUUGGAAUUCGAUAUAAAAUAUGUGCUCCUCUUAAUCAAAUCCAACGCUACUCUAAAGGAGAAAGUCAAGGAAGCAAUCGACAUGCUGCGUGCUCGUCAACGGGAAGCAAGCUAUGAGAGUCAACCAAAGACUUAA